UCACCCUCCCAUUAUUCCUCAACAUGAUAUUGGCGUUUCGAAACACUUGUACUGUUUUCUCUCACUACGUGUUAAACCCUAAACCCUACUUCCCUCUCCUUCUCAUUUCCACCCAAAAUUUCUCCGUUCCCAAUUCCACCUUAACAUCUUCUAGUCCUUCACUCUGUAAUAAAGCUCGUUGUUGCUCUACAUUUUUCACUAAUUCAAUGGCGGCUGGUGAUUUGUCCAAUCCUUCGUCGGAGAAAUUGGAGAAACAGUUUGAGGACUUCAGGCAUCAUUUAGAGGAGUCCGGGAAUUUACGGGAGCGAAUAAGAGUAGUGGCGACGGAGAUUGAGUCGGUUACUCGGCACAUUUAUGCUAGCCUUCUUCUCGUUCAUCAGUCUCGCCCUGUUGCUGAGGUUCUAGAGAAGGCUAAGUCUCAGAUCGGAGAGCUGAAGGAACUUUACAGUCGGCUUUCAGAAAUUGUACGUGAAUGCCCUGGUCAGUAUUUCCGGUAUCAUGGUGAUUGGAAGAGUGAAACACAAAUUGUGGUAUCGUUGCUUGCUUUUAUGCAUUGGUUAGAGACCGGGACUCUUGUUCUGCACAAUGAAGUCGAGGAGAAGCUUGGCUUGACACCAACAGAAUUUGGACUUGAUGUUGAAGACUAUCUUAUUGGUAUCUGUUUUAUGUCAAAUGAGUUGCCUAGAUAUGUGGUGAACCAAGUGACAGCUGGGGAUUAUGAUUGCCCGCGUAAGGUUUUGAAGUUCUUGACAGAUCUUCAUGCUGCAUUUCGCAUGCUUAAUCUCAGAAAUGAUUUCUUGCGCAAAAAAUUUGACGGAAUGAAAUAUGACCUUAGGAAAGUUGAAGAAGUUUUUUAUGAUGUAAAAAUCAGAGGCUUGGCUGCCAAUGGAGACUCAGCUGGAGAAAAGCAGGUCCAGGGGCAAUCUUGAAUACUUUUGCACUGACAAGUAAAAUAUGAUUUUGUCUUUUUACUUGGUGUAUGUUUUAGGAUGGGGAGUGGCUCUGGUCCAGUUUUAGUUUUCUACUGUAAUGCCCAGUGCAGGCUUUGAUGCAUGCUAAGUUUUAGUUGCUGCUCUUAUAAUACUCUCCAUGUUUGUUUAACUUUGGAUGUGUACAUGGGAAGUAGGAAAGAGUAGCUUUGAUGACAGUCUGUGUCAAUGAAACAGGAAAGAGUUGAAGUUUAUGCUACUCGUUUUGCGCUA